AUGCAAUUAUUUAAAGAUAGAUUGUAAGAUAUGUAAAAAAACGAAUAAUCAGUUUAUUAGAAAGAGAACUAAGAUUCCUAAAUAAAAUAGUAAGCGGAGUUAUUUUAAUCUAGCAAAAUUGACUAUAAAGAAGACUCUGUAUUUUUAUAAUAAGCGGCCCGUGGAGUUCAAAACGAUAACUUUAUGUUUUAACCUGGCCAGCUAGAAAGCAAUAAUGAUUAUAAAAGAUAAGAAAUAUAAUAUAAAUAUAAAAAAAACAUAGCGAAACAUAACUAAUUAGAAUAAAUUUAAGAUAUUUAUAAUGAAGAAUAGCACAGCUUCAAUGGUCAUGUUUAACUUCUUUCACCAACAUCAAAUAUUUUUAAAAGCGAUGAAGAUUUAUUUUCAUAAAAGUCACAGCCAUUGAGUAUAAAAAAAAAUACAUAAAAUGUCCUAAAUCGUCAAAAAAAAUCAAUAGAGAGUGACCAUUUUAAUGAGAAUAAUUAAAAAAAGUAAGACUUGAUUGUUAUUCCUACUAAUAAUAAAAAUGGAAAUUAGAUUUAAGAUUCAUAGUAAAUGUGUAUUUCUUAAGAGGUACAGUAUUUUAAUGAUAAAACAAUUGAAGAUGAUUAUAAUCAAUUAGGCACUCUUAACAACUAAGAACAUUUCAUUUAAACAGGAUACAAAGAAACAAAAGAGUCGGAAGAUUUAUUAUAUACCAAAGAAGAAAACUAGAAUGAAACUCCAACAAGAAAGCAGAUGUUACAGAAUUUAAGGCUAUCACUUGAUAAAAUGAUACCUAAAAAUUAGGUUUCAAUCGAUUCUAAAAAAUCUGAAAGCCAAGAAGAGAAAAUUACCCAAAGCAAUCCAGUUUCGAAGUAAGAAAAGGAGCAAAAUUCAAAUAAUAAUAAGAGUAAUUUCUCUAGAAAACUAACAAAUGCUUAGUCAGUUAAUUUAAGUUAAACCAAAUCAAAGAAAUUCUUUCCAAGAAAAAGCGAGUUUGGUUUAGUAAGAUCGCAAUUUAACAAUGAAAAUCCUCUAGAGGAUUCUUUAAAAGUAGAAUAAAUAAAAAAAGAAUCCAAAGAGAAGCAAGUUUAAAUGCAAAUACUAGAAAGAUUUCAAUCGAAAAGCUGGAAGCUUGGUUUUAAAGCAUAAAGAUCUGAAUCUAUGAUUAGUUGCACUUAACUAGAUCAAAAAUAAAACGAAUAAAAAACAUGGGAUAUAGUGAAUAAGUUAUGUAUACUCCUAAAAGCAAAACAUAAAUUAAAAAAUUUAAUAAAGUAGAGAUUCAGUUCUCUUUCUUUAUACGAAAGAGGCUUGGUAGGUGAUCUUUCUGAUGGGAAAUUGAUUUCUUAAAAGACAAUUACUGAAAAAAGCAAAAUAUAUUAGAAAAUAAUCAAAUUUUCCAUUCACCCAGGAUCAUUUCCUAUCAUAAUUUUUAAAAUUUACCUUGUUCUAAUAACUAUGAUAAAUCUUGUUUAUCUUCCUUUGAUGUUAGGAUUUGAUUUAGAAGUUUCUCACUUUUCUUAUGCAUUUUUUUUCCUAACUGGUAUUUCCUAUUCAGUAGAAGUUGCCAUCAAAUUUAAAACAUCUCUCUCUGAAAAAGGAGAAAUUAUAUCCAACCCAACUCUAAUUGCAAAAAAAUACAUAUAAAAUGAAUUAAUCUAUGAUGUAAUCACCUUGAUAGGAGUGAUAUUAGGUUCAGCUUAACACUUCUUUUUCCUGUUGAUGAUUAUUAGGAUAAAACAUGUCUUAAAAUAUAUGGAUGAUUUAAAUAACCAUUAUUAUUUAGCUGAAAAAUAUCAUCAGCUGUGGGUUUUAUCAGGACUUUUUUGCUUUAUUGUAAUGAUUGUUCAUUAUUUUGCAUGUAUAUUCCAUUAUGUUGGAUUAUCUUAAAUAAACGAUAAAUACGAAAUAUCCUGGUUAAAUUAUUACUAAUUGGAAAAUACUGCUUGGUAAAUUAGGUACAAUUAUUCGCUUUAUUUUUCCUUCAUUACUACUGCUACUAUUGGAUUUGGCGAUAUCACUCCAUAAAAUACCCCUGAAAGAUCAGUAGUAAUCGUGUAUAGUAUAGUAGCUUCUAUGUGUUUUUCAUAUACAGUAAAUACAGUUGGUAAUGUAUUUUAAGAUUACUUUAAUAAAUACCAGAAACAAUUUAUUAUGAGAUAUAACGCCAUCAAUUUCAUGAGUAACAGAUCAAUAGGAAAAGAAUUGCAGCUAAGAGUUUUGAAGUAUAUAGAGUACAUUCAUGACCUAGAAAAUGAUUCACCUGAUAAAGGCUUUGCUGUUAUUAACUAAAUAUCUAAAAAUCUAAAAAGCUAAAUAUAUAAUGAAUACUAUGGCAAGAUAUUAAUGCAAGAUAAAUCAUUCUCACUCAAUUUUAGUAAGGAGAGCAUAUAAAAGUUGUCUUUGAGAAUUUAAGAAAAACUCUAUGGGCCUGGAGAGAUCAUUUUUGAAUAGGAAGAAUAAGAUUAUAGGCUUUACUAUCUGAUGAAAGGAGAAUGUGAAUUUUAUUACUAUAAUAAAGGAGGAAGCAAAUAAUCAGAAUAUAAAACUGUUCAGUUUUCUACUGAUAAAAAGUUUUUUGGAUACAAGGGGUUUUUUUCUGGAAUUCCAAGAGAAUUUAGCUGUAGAUCUACAAAUAUAAGUCAUGUAUUUAUUAUAACAAGAUAAGAUUUAAUUGAAGUGCUUAAGGAAGAUCCUGAAGAUUAUGAGUAAUUUUGUAAAUUAAGAGACUAGUUUUUACUAUACAGAAAUUCGCUUGGAGAAAAGUGCUUUGGAUGCAAACAUUUUGGACAUACUUUAAGUGGAUGCCCAUAAAUUCAUUUAAUAAGAAAUAAGGAGCUGCUUUUAUUGCGUCAUAAUUUCUCUGUAAAUUAAAAAAGAAUGAAGAGAUUAAGAAAGCAGCACAAAUAUAAAACUCUUUCUUUAAAGUAGGAAGUGUCUUAGUAAGCUCAGUAAUAUAGAUUAGACACUGUUAAUGAAAUAAAAAAAUUAAAUAAAGCAGAUAAUUAGUAGCUAAAUUAAGAUUUUGUCAUAACAGCAGAGCUAAGCGAUAAAAGAUUCUCUAAAAUGUACCCAUACAUAAAAUUUAAAAGUGAUGAAAUGAUUUUGUUUGAUAAUUAUGAUGAUGUUAGCGAUUUUUCUGCCAGUUAAAGUGAAGACAGUUUAAGUAGCUCGGAAUCUGAAAAUGAUUCGAUUGAAGCUAUUUCUGAGUAAAUAGCAGAAGAAAAUGAAGAUUAAAGUGAUUCAGAAGAUUCAAUUGAAGAAAAAUUAAAAAAUAUAAGAAAAACCUCAACAAAAAAAGUAAAUUCAUUUGAAUCAAUUUCUUCAGAUUCUUAAGAUUCAGCAAAGAGAAAAUCAAAACCAUCUAUAUAAUCCCUCUCUCAGCUCGGUAGUGAAAAGAAAAUAUCUACUGGAUUAAUCAAAUCUAGUGCAAUGAUGUUGUAAGAAGAUGCAUUUUAAAAUAAAUUUGACUAGUAAAAUCAAGAAGAAACAGAAACAAAUGAUACAAAAUAAGAAUAAAAAAUAACUGAAAUUAAUGAUGAAUCUAUUUAAAAAAAUAUAGAAAAUAAACAAAGUAUACGUAAUAACACAGCAACCACAUCAAUUCUUCGAAAUUCAGUUUUUUAAAAAAAUAAUUAAGAAUCUAAUUAGUCUAAUGGUACAUUUUAAAGAUUGAGCAAAGUGAAAAUAAGUUCAAAGACAAUAGUUUAGCCUAGUUUCUCUAGAUAAAAUUCUCGGAAAGAAUCCAAAGGUUAUAUAGAAAGCCCAAACAUAUCAAGACAAAGUAGCAAAAGAAUGACGGAUUUUUAAAGGAAAUCAACUAACCUAAAAAAGAAGUUUUCGAAAAUAGAGAGUAACUUGCAAUUAUAGAUAGAGGAGCCAGAUUUUUUGAUAAAAGAUUUUGCAUUCCAUAAUGAUAGUCCUUCUUCUCUGCCAAUUACUUACAAUCCUAAAAUUUUUAGGUCACAUUCAUUAUCUAAAUAAAAUACAGAUGGAGUAAAAUUUUCGAAGCAAUUAAUAGAAAAUAACUAAAAUAAAAAAGAUUCAAUAUUGAGAGUGUAUGAGAAAUAAUUGUAGUAUCUAUAAGGUUUAGUAUAAAAGCUAGUUUAGAAGGAACAUAAUAAAGAAAAAACUGUUCAUCAGCACAUUAAUACUUAAAAUCAAGAAAAUGAACCUUAAUAAGAAAGUAACAAAGUUCACAUGAAGAUGAAUUACAACAAUAUGAGUAUGGAACUACCACAAAUCCUUUAGAAAUCUUCAAUGUAUAAUGCUUAGAAUCUUAACAUUUUACAAUAAACUACUUUGGAUGUUAAUUAUGAAAUAAAUAAUUAAGUAAAUGAGCUCUUCAAUUAUGACUUUGAUGAUCUUAAAGAAUUUACUAAAUACUUUCCCCAUAAUAACGCUUCUCAAGUUUGUUUAGGAUUUAAAUAAUUUUAAGAUAGAAAGAAAAAAUUAGAAAAGUUUUUCCUUUAAAAGCUAAGAGUAAAUAAGCUAGAACAUCUAAAUAAUAUUAGCAAAAUUUUAACACCAAAUAAUAAGAGAUGA